AUGACCGGCAAAAGAACACAAGAUAAAGACAAUUCUUCGCGAGUGCCUGCAUCUGGGCAGGAUCUAACUGCACCGGCACAAGGAGACAAUGAACCUGCCAAAAAGCGACGUCGUCGAAUCCUCUCCUGCGAUGCUUGUCGACGACUCAAGACGAGAUGUGAAAUUGAGUAUGGCUCAGAUACUUGCUCGAGGUGUCGAAACCUGAGAAUUACCUGCUUGAAAAGCGAUGAUCUUGAGAAGCCGAAUGGAUCCAACGAGACCAAUGCAAAUACACAGCCAGAUCUCGUGAAAAGUCUUCAUGAAAAGGUUAUGAAUCUUGAGAGCUCGAUGCAGGAAAUGAAAACCCAAUUAGCAAAGCUCCAGUCCCAGCCCCAGAGAGAACCGAUACAGCCACGAACAGAACAGCAAAUUAUCUCACUUGCCAUAUCAUCCAAUGAUCGAGCCCUAGUUGAACAAGUCGAACCGGCGGACCAACACGUUCAUGCUGCUCCUGCCGAAGUUAUCAGAAGGGUGGCUUGUCAAGUAGUAGGGGACUAUAGAAGAGCCUUCCAUACCAAAGAAGACGUUGUGUCGAUAGGGAUGCUAAGCGCUGCAACUGCAGACUCUCUAGUCAAAGCCUUCAUAAAACGGCGUCGACAUGUCCUUUUCAUAGACAGCGAGAGCGAUUUGGUCACAAGAGGGACUUUGAUCCAGACCUCACCAUUUCUUCAUGCUGUGUGCUGCACACAUGAGAUGAGAUAUACAUACCGGAACCAACCGGAUGCUUUGAAGCACAGGCAAGUGUACGAACACUGCGAAGCGGAGUAUGUUGAUAGCUGGUUAUUGAGUGGACAUUGCGCCCAACAAGCCAUGCUAUGUAUCCAGUUCUCAGACAUCAUCAAACGAAAUAGUGCUGGUACUUCUACAAUGAUUGAUCUUCGUUCGAUACGACUUUGGGCCAACGUUUGCUUGGUGCACCUGCAUUGGUCGGCUACUACAGGAAGACCGUCGAUCCUUCCAGGAUCCUAUUUCAGCCAAUGCAGAAAUAUUCUCAACUUUGAGCAGACAACAAUACGUGAUGCUAUGCUACUCGCUGAGAUAUCUCUAUACUGCACACUCCAGAAGACCGGCUGCGGGAAGCCUGACUUCGCCAGUGAUGGCAGCUGUGAAAAGUUCACUCCCUGGAACCAUAAAUGGGGAUAUCUUCUUGAACUCCCUACAGGUCUCAUACUAAACCUUAGUUAUUGGAUUGCAAACAUGAUCUUGGCUAAAAGAUCUCUGGAUGAAAUCGAAGCUCUCGCCCUCAGCGCUCCUACAUCUGCUUCCCCACAGACACCCCAUGGAAGCACAGCACAAUUCCAAGCCAUACCAACAAAAGACCUGCAAGACCGCGUAUACGAGCUGAGCUUUCGAGUAACCCUGGCUUUCGUAAGGAUUCCCAGCUCAAGCUCAGGAGACCUGCCCGAGUUUCAUUCCUUGUGCGUUGCCUACUCCAUGCUCAUCUUAUGUCAGUACGAUGAGCUGCCAUCUUCGAUACCCCACACCGAACUCUUUUCUGUUUUGAGCGAAGUGAAGCGCCGCUGUAGUGAAUCAAAUUCAUACUCUGUGGCAGUCGAGUUCAGUGCUGAGAGGGCUUUGGAGAGGCUUCGUGCAGAUGCUCAUCCUCUUACCACGGCAGAAUCAAUGGGACAACAAACACAGCUUAAUGGCCCUCCGAACCAGUCUCAGAAUUCUGGAAUAAACAAGUCAAAUGUGAACAUCAAUGAGGCCGGGCUCGAUAAUCUCGACUUUUUCUUCAACGGGGGCUACUUGGAUAUUCUGGAUAUUGACAACUUUCUUCUUUAA